AUGCUUAAUACGACGACACCAAAACAAAAGCCACAACAGUCUUCCAAGAAUUUCCAGUGCUGGGAUCAUGGCUGUAAUGGCCGACACUUCUCUUCCAAAAGCAACCUUAUCCGACACCAGAAGGAGAAAUCCAAGACCACCAGCAAUUUCACAUGUCCCUUGUGCGCAGCAGUCUUUACCCGAAGCUCCGCGCGGGAUACGCACCUGGCUCGUCAAAGCUGCAACCGCAUCCGCCGAUACUCCAACGGUCGGCCUCGACCCAGCCGACUUGCGGUUUUAAGCAACCCAGAGUUGGUACGGAUUAUAACUUAG